AUGUCGUUUUCUGGAAUUCAAGGACAACUAAUCGAAAUCACAGUUGUUGGUUGUACCAAAUUGAAAGACACGGAAUGGAUUUCAAGGCAAGAUCCCUACGUUUGUCUCGAAUAUGCUAGCACCAAAUACCGUACGCGUACCUGUACAGAUGGUGGGAAAAACCCUACGUUUCAAGAGAAAUUCGUGUUUACGUUGAUAGAAGGGUUGCCAGAGUUGAACGUUAUCGUCUGGAAUAGCAAUACUUUAACUUAUGAUGAUUUCAUUGGCAGUGGAAAGGUUCAAUUGCACAAACUUAUAUCUCAGGGUUACGAUGACAACUCGUGGCCUCUUCAGGACAAGAAGGGCAGACAUUCUGGCGAAGUUCGACUGAUAAUGCACUAUUCUAAUGCAAAUAAGCCAGCAUUGAGCUAUGCUCCUUCAGCUCCACAGUUUGGGGCCUCACCGGUACCUCAGGCCCUUCCCUUUUCUGCACCUCCAUCAACCAUUUCAUCAUACAAUCCAUCUGCAAAUAGCUACUCGGCACCAUCUCCUUAUCCUUCAUAUCCUCCUACCUCAGCAGGAUACCCUCCUCUGCCUUAUCAUUCUCAGCCGGCUACUCAUCAACCAUCUUACCCUCCAAUUUCUGGUUAUCCUCCAUCACCAUAUCCGCCACCACCUCAGAACCCGCACUAUUACCCUCCAGGUUCAUAUCCACCACCACCAUAUCCUCCACCGCCCUAUUGA